CCUGGAAGGUGAGAGCUGCAGGAAAGGCGUGGAGGCAGGGCCUGGAGGCCAUCAGUGUUUGCCGGGGGGAGCGCUGCCCUUUCCCCAGGGGGUGGCGUUCUCUCCCGGUAUGGACACCCGGGCUGCUGCCAUCCGGCGUUCUAUAUCGGGCGGCCGCAACAGUGGCACGGCGAUGGAAGCAGUGGAUCUGACACAGGAUACGCCUGCACCUGUGGUGUAUGAAGUGGAGGUGGAGAUAGAAGGCUCAGAGAGACCAUGCAGUCCUGAGACAUUGGACACAGCGUCUGAAGAGACCCCCUGUAUGGGCAGAGGUUUGUGGAAGUUGAAUUCAUCUCUCCUGGAAGAUGCGACAAUAAGACAAUCCUUCGAGGAGUUCUUUCAGGGCCAGGAACCGUUAGUGGACCUCUGCAACAAUGUGAAGCAAAAAAACAACAACAAACAUAAGUUUCUGCCGAUUUUCUUCUUCCUUUAUCUCAUCUUCUUGACGGGUGGAUUUGUGUACUUGGCUUAUAAAGAAACGCUUCUGGAGAAGGAACUUGCUCCCUUGAGAGAUGUCUGCAGCCAGAGAUGUCCUGAUGAGCCCCAGACUCCGGGGCCAUUCAUUGUAGGUAUGGAGGGGCCCGCUAUGGACUCUGAUGUGGAGGAGAUGGUCCACGGCCUGAACGUCACCUCUCUGUCAGUGCGGACCCGGGUGACGACUCUGGAGGGGCAGAUCCGCCUUAUUCAUGUCAAGAACACAGAGCUGAGCAUGAAAAUCAACAACAUCACGUUGUCAGAGGGGCGACCAGGAACUGAUGGGAGACCGGGAGAGCAGGGGCCCCCAGGAGCCCAAGGAGAACGAGGACUUCCCGGCCAGAAAGGAGAGGAAGGACGCGGCGGUAAGGAGGGUCUCCCCGGACCUCAAGGCCCAGCUGGACCCCCCGGGAAGGAUGGUGCUCCCGGUGCACAGGGACCAAAAGGAAGCAGAGGAGAAACUGGUAUAAAUGGUGCCCCAGGAUCAGUGGGAAUUCCUGGAAUAAAUGGAGAAAAGGGAGAGAAAGGUGACGCAGGAUUUCCCGGUCAGAAAGGAGGUGAUGGAGGCAGCGGGGGAGUGGGCCCCUCAGGGCCAGCAGGACUUCCAGGAACAGAUGGUGCGAAAGGCGAACCUGGAAGGCCGGGACAAGACGGACAAAAAGGUGCAGCAGGAUUUCCAGGAAUUCCUGGAAGCCCCGGAAUGCAGGGUGCAACUGGACACAGAGGAAGCAAAGGGGACGCUGGUGUGGCUGGAGCUCCAGGAAUACCUGGAAUACCUGGGAGUAAGGGACAGAAAGGAGAAGAAGGAUUGAAAGGGGCGCUGGGGCAGAAAGGAGAGGCUGGGAGUCCAGGGGUGAAUGGACAUCACGGCAGUAAAGGAGAACCCGGCCUUCCCGGCCCUCCUGGAGCAAAAGGGGACAUGGGGGCCGCCGGCUCAGCAGGCAGCAGCAUUGUGCGAAUUGUUGGCGGAAAUAAAGGGCGGGUGGAGGUGAAUCGCAAUGGAGAAUGGGGGACCAUCUGUGAUGACAGCUGGGACAUGAGCGAUGGGAAAGUCAUCUGCCGGAUGUUGGGGUACUCGAGGGUUGUGUCCACAUUCACAGCGAAUGCAGGAUGGCCGGCGCGGUAG